GGGUGGCAUUGUGACACUGCUGGUGGAACCCCGUGAUGUCAGCAUUCCUGGAAUCCUCCUGCGUGGGUGGUGGCAGUUAGAGGCUGCUCGUGUCUGUGAGGGACUGACUCGUGUGCUUUCCUAGACUGGAGCAGACUCGGCAGAGGAGGACGGAUUUGGGACAGAGCUCAGACAUGGAGGCUCUGGAGUUGCUGGAGGCCCGGCAGCGAGCCGUGACCAUCACCAAGUAUGAGCAGGGUCGCCGAGGAGGGGUGCUGGUGAUGCCUUGGGAGGAGGAGGACGAGGCCACCCGCCCAUUCCCGGAUCAGCUGGGCAUCCUGCAUGAGAAGCAGCUGCCCCGGGACAGCGCCUGGAUCACCAAGAAUCGGCAGAACCGAAGCCUCCAAAAAUGGCUGAAAAUUCUGAAGAAUUGGCAGAAUUAUCAGAACACUCAGAAGCUGCGCCGCCGGAUUUACAAGGGCGUCCCUGCCCAGGUGCGGGGGAAGGUGUGGGGCCUGCUCCUCGGGGUGGACGCGGUGAAGGCGGAGAACCCCGGGACCUAUCAGAAGCUGAAGGCCCAGGGCCGACUGUGGUCACAGUGGGUGCAGCAUAUCGAUGUGGCCGUGAGCAAGACCUUCAGGGGACACGUCAUGUUCCGGGAGCGAUUCGGAGUCAAGCAGCAGGCCCUGUUUCACCUGCUCUUGGCCUACUCCGUUUAUGACCCUGAGGUGGGCUACAGCCCGGGCCUGAACCAGGUGGCCGCCCUGCUCCUCAUCUUCUUAGACGAAGAAGAUGCCUUCUGGGCCCUGGCGCAGCUCAUGGCCAACGACAGGCAUGCAAUGCAGGGGUUCUAUAAAGCCGGGCAGCCCAAGCUGGCGCGUCUGCAGCAGCAUCACGAGACCAUCCUGAAGCUGGCGCUCCCCACACUCAAGAGCCACCUGGACAGCCAGGGUGUGGCCACCAGGACCUAUAUUCCCAAGUGGUUCAAAGGCUGCUUCACUGAUGGGAGUCCCUUCCCAGUGACCCUCAGGUUCUGGGACAUUUACAUUCUGGAGGGCGAGCCCGUGCUGACGGCCAUGUCCUACGUGGCUCUCAAGAUCCACAAGAGCCGCCUCCUGCAGCUGUCCCAGGACACCCUCAGUGCGUUCCUCCAGGACCAGCUGAGCCAGGCCUGGACCCUGGACGAGCAUGUCGUGGGGAGGCAGCUCCAGGCCUCCCAGUCGAAGCUCCGCAAGCUCCGCUGCCUGCUGCCUCCUCCAGCACUGCCAGAGGAGCUGCCCAAUGGUCCCCUUGGCCGGAUGCUGGAGGCUGCGGAGCCAGGGCCGCUCCCCACACCAGGGAGGCCCGAGGUACUGGGUUCUGAUGCUGAAGUGGAUCUCCCUGCUGAUCCCACCCUGCCCCAGGAUCUCCGGGGCUCAGCACCCUGCUGCCAGGCCGUGGGACGAGUCGAGUGCUUCAUCCCUGAGGCCACGUGGGAACCGGAGACAUGGAAGACACAGGAGGCCUCCCCAGAGCCUGGGGUCCCAGGCCUCCUGCAAGGGUCCCUGGAGUGUCUGGGUGCCACCUCUGUCACUCCCACCGCCCACAACCCUGGGAAGCAGCAGAGCCUGUCAGCACCGGCGUCCCUGCCUGACCUGGUGGAGUACAUGCUGGCUGCAGACCGCUGGCCCCCACAGCGCCACAUCCUCCAGGCACUCUUAGAUCCCGGGAAGCCCACCACGGCCUCCCUGGGAAUCCGAGGACAGGCCCAGCCCUGUGGGUCCACGGAGCCUCCCUGCCCUCCCCCGACGAAGGUGCUAGAAGUUUCCAUGCUGGAAGACUGGGAACAUGAAGAGGACUCCCCCGACGCCUGGGCCUCCAGCCUCUCCCUGGGCUCCUCUGAGUUCUCCCGCCCUGCGCAGCGAGCAGGGGACCAGUAAGGGCUGUCGGGCUGGGGCUCCCUCCCUGACCU